AAGGAGGAACGAGAAAUACUGAUAACCUCAAGCAUCUUCAUGGGACAGUUUAACGGAAAAUGCAACCCACUCUGCGGAAGCGGCAGAACGCUGCCAUCCAAGGGUCUACCUUUCUCUCUAGUCACAGACAUGGGUCUAAAAAUGUGGAUUCUUCACUGAAGAAGCCUCAGUUUCACUUAGAUCUUUGGUUGUGUUUUACCGUCCAGAACUGGCUGCUAGACUUAGGAAGGCCCAUUGUCAUGAUUGUUUUUCCGCUAGAGUGGUUUCCUUUGAACAGACCCAGUGUUGGAGACUGUUUCCACAUGGCCUAUAAUAUCAUCACUCCUUUUCUUCUGCUUAAGCUCAUAGAGCGAAGCCCAAAGACAUUGCCACGCUCUGCAGUCUACUUGUGUAUCAUUACCUUCGUCAUGGGUGCCAGCAUUCACUUAGUGGGCGACUCAGUCAACCAUCGCCUCAUUCUCAGUGGCUACCAAUUACACCUGUCAGUCAAGGAGAACCCCAUUAUCCAAAACCUCAAACCUGCCACACUGAUUGAUUCAUUUGAACUUCUUUAUUUCUAUGAUGAACAUUUCGGCCACUUUAUGUGGUACUCUCCCCUCUUCCUCAUUCUCUUCCUCUACUUCACUGGCUGCUUCACUCACAUUAAGGAGGAGAGGAGGAUGCCUCUUUCUGCUUGGCUACUCCUGGGUCCUAGUGCCCUUUAUUAUUGGUAUCUAGUAACAGAAGGGCAGAUCUUCAUCCUGUUCAUCUUUACGUUCUUUGCCAUGACAGCCACGGUAAUGCACCAGAAACGAAAAGGAUUUGUCCCAGACAGCAACGGUCUGUUCCUGCUGGGCAGUUUCUCUGUGGUACUGCUGCUGCUGACAGUGUGGGUGGCCUGUCUGUGGAAUGAUCCUGUCCUGCGCAAGAAGUACCCCGGUGUCAUCUACAUCCCCGAGCCCUGGGCCUUCUACACACUGCACGUCAGACGCGAUGGAUAACAACACCAGUCAUCCCAAUCCAGGAAUCCACCAGCAUCAUUUCCCCAAGAGUCUUCACUGUAACCAUUUUCUCCCCCUGGCCUUGAUUCCUAAGGUACUUGUCUUGGGCUGGCCAUGCACUUUGGUCAUCAAGGGCUAGAGUUCAGUAGAGUUCAGGUGAUAGGUAGUACUCAUCUUUUCAUUUUAGACAAACUUGUUUCCCCAGGAGGGAAACAUAUAUGUGUUCUUUGGAAAAGAAAACACAGAGGGCAGCUAUACCAAGGUUCUGAAUAACCUCUUCUUUACCUAGAUAUACUGACAAUGUGGUUUAUGUCCUGUUUUUUCCGCCAUGCAUUGCUAAUGUACUACUGUUUAAAACCAGGCCCUGGAGGUUAUUGGUCUGAUUUUUGUCUGAACUGCAGUCCCUUGGUGAUGGCAUAUCAUUCAAACAUACCACAUGGAUAUUUUGUUUGUAAAACAUACAGACCAGUUCAAGCAACGUUGCAGACAAACACAACAAGGUUAAUAUAAGUCUCAGCUGAGCCAUAAAGAAACCAAUAUAUGCAAUGUGUAUAU